AUGCUUGUGCUACUGGAACCGCGGCACUUUAAGCCCCGCACUUCUCUGUCUGCCCCGCCCGCAGGGCUGCAGUUCGCCCCCGACCGCGAGGAGUGGGAAGUCGUGUUUCCUGCACUUUGGCGCAGGGAGCCAGUGGACGCGGCCGGAGGCAGCGGGGGCAACGCGGACCCAGGCUGGGCGCGCGGCGCAGGCGCCCGGGCGCAGGCGGCCGGCAGCUCACGCGAGGUGCGCUCCGUGGCCCCGGCGCCGCCGGUGGAGACCGCGGAGGGCCAGUCAGAGCCCCGGCCCCAGCCUCGGCCGCCGUCGCCGCCGGCGGGUGAGGAGGACGAGGAGUUCGAAUCGCAGGAACUGCCGCGGGGAUCCAGCGGGGCUGCCGCCCUGUCCCCGGGCGCCCCGGCCUCGUGGCAGCCGCCGCCCCCACAGCCACCCCCGUCUCCUCCCCCGGCCCAGGAAGCCGAGCCGGACGGCGACGAGGUACUGCUGCGGAUCCCGGCCUUCUCCCGGGACCUGUACUUGCUGCUCCGGAGAGAUGGCCGCUUCCUGGCGCCGCGCUUCGAGGUGGAACAGCGGCCGAGCCCCGGCCCGGGCCCAACGCGGGCAGCAGCCGCCCCCCGCCCUCCCGCGCCGCCCGACGCCUCCUGCUUCUACACCGGAGCGGUGCUGCGGCACCCUGGCUCGCUGGCCUCUUUCAGCACCUGUGGAGGUGGCCUGAUGGGAUUUAUACAGCUCAAUGAGGACUUCAUAUUUAUUGAACCACUCAAUGAUACAAUGGCCAUAACGGGUCACCCACACCGUGUAUAUAGGCAGAAAAGGUCCGUGGAGGAAAAAGUCACAGAGAAGUCAGCUCCUCACAGUCAUUACUGUGGUAUCGUUUCAGAUAAAGGAAGACCUAGAUCUAAAAAAAUAACAGAAAGUGGAAGAGGGAAACGAUAUUCAUACAAAUUACCUCAAGAAUACAACAUAGAGACUGUAGUGGUUGCAGACCCAGCAAUGGUUUCCUAUCAUGGAGCAGAUGCAGCCAGGAGAUUCAUUCUAACCAUCUUAAAUAUGGUUUUUAACCUUUUCCAACACAAGAGUCUUGGUGUGCAGGUCAAUCUUCGUGUGAUAAAGCUUAUUCUGCUCCAUGAAACUCCAGCAGAUCUAUACAUUGGGCACCAUGGAGAGAAGAUGCUAGAGAGUUUUUGUAAGUGGCAGCAUGAAGAAUUUGGCAAAAAGAAUGAUAUACAUUUAGAGAUGUCAACAAGCUGGGGAGAGGACAUGACUUCAGUGGAUGCAGCUAUACUUAUAACAAGGAAAGAUUUCUGUGUUCACAAAGAUGAACCAUGUGAUACUGUUGGUAUAGCAUAUUUGAGUGGAAUGUGUAGUGAAAAGAGAAAAUGUAUUAUUGCUGAAGACAAUGGCCUGAAUCUUGCAUUUACAAUUGCUCAUGAAAUGGGUCACAACAUGGGCAUUAAUCAUGACAAUGACCACCCAUCAUGUGCUGAUGGUCUUCAUAUCAUGUCUGGUGAAUGGAUUAAAGGACAAAAUCUUGGUGAUGUUUCAUGGUCCCGAUGUAGCAAGGAAGAUUUGGAAAGAUUUCUAAGGUCAAAGGCCAGUAACUGCUUGCUACAAACAAACCCCCAGAGUGUCAAUUCCGUGAUGGUUCCCUCCAAGUUGCCAGGGAUGACAUACACUGCUGACGAGCAAUGUCAGAUUCUCUUUGGUCCAUUGGCUUCCUUUUGUCAAGAGAUGCAGCAUGUUAUUUGCACAGGGUUAUGGUGCAAGGUCGAGGGUGAGAAAGAAUGCAGAACGAAGCUAGAUCCACCAAUGGAUGGAACUGAUUGUGACACUGGUAAGUGGUGUAAGGCUGGAGAAUGUACCAGCAGGACCUUGGCACCUGGACAUGUGGCCGGAGAGUGGAGCGAGUGGAGCCCCUGUAGCCGAACCUGCAGUUCUGGGAUCAGCAGUCGAGAGCGCGAAUGUCCUGGGCUAGGCUCUGAAGCAAGGGAUUGUAAUGGUCCCAGAAAACAAUACAGAAUAUGUGAGAAUCCACCUUGUCCUGCAGGUUUGCCUGGAUUCAGAGACUGGCAAUGUCAGGCCUAUAGUGUUAGAACUUCAUACCCAAAGCAUGUACUUCAGUGGCAAGCUGUCAUGGAUGAAGAAAAACCAUGUGCCUUGUUUUGCUCUCCUAUUGGGAAAGAACAGCCUGUACUUCUGUCAGAAAAAGUGAUGGAUGGAACUUCAUGUGGCUAUCAGGGAUUAGAUGUCUGUGCAAACGGCAGGUGUCAGAAAGUUGGCUGCGAUGGUUUAUUAGGUUCUCUCGCCAGGGAAGAUCACUGUGGUGUGUGCAACGGCAAUGGAAAAUCAUGCAAAAUCAUUAAAGGGGAUUUUAAUCAUACUAGAGGAGCAGGUUAUGUAGAAGUGCUGGUGAUACCUGCUGGAGCAAGAAGAAUCAAAGUUGUGGAGGAAAAGCCGGCACAUAGCUAUUUAGCUCUACGAGACGCUGGAAAGCAGUCUAUUAAUAGUGACUGGAAGAUUGAGCACUCAGGAGCUUUCAACUUAGCAGGCACUACUGUCCAUUAUGUAAGACGAGGCCUCUGGGAGAAGAUCUCUGCCAAAGGACCUACUACGUCACCUUUACACCUCCUGGUGCUGCUAUUUCAGGACCAGAAUUACGGUCUUCACUAUGAAUACACUAUCCCAUCAGACCCUCUUCCAGAGAAUCAGAGCUCAAAAGCACCUGAACCCCUUUUCAUGUGGACACACACAGGCUGGGAAGAUUGUGAUGCCACAUGUGGAGGAGGAGAAAGGAAGACAACGGUGUCUUGCACAAAAAUUAUGAACAAAAACAUCAGCAUUGUGGACAGCAAGAAGUGCAAAUACUUAACCAAGCCUGAGCCGCAGAUUCGCAAGUGCCAUGAGCAGCCAUGCCAAACAAGAUGGAUGAUGACGGAAUGGACCCCCUGCUCACGGACUUGUGGGAAAGGCACGCAGAGCAGACAAGUGGCAUGUACCCAACAAAUGAGCAACGGGACUCUGAUCAGGGCCCGGGAGAGGGACUGUGCAGGACCUAAGCCUGCCUCUGCCCAGCGCUGCGAGGGCCAGGACUGCAUGACCGUGUGGGAGGCAGGAGUGUGGUCUGAGUGUUCGGUCAAGUGUGGCAAAGGUGUACGUCAUCGGACUGUGAGGUGUACUAAUCCUAGAAAGAAAUGCGUCCUCUCCACCAGACCCAGGGAGGCUGAGGAUUGUGAGGAUUACUCGAAAUGCUAUGUGUGGCGAAUGGGCGACUGGUCUAAGUGCUCAGUUACCUGUGGCAAAGGGAUGCAGUCCCGUGUCAUUCAGUGCAUGCACAAGAUCACCGGAAGACAUGGAAAUGAGUGUUUUUCUUCAGAAAAACCCGCAGCAUACAGGCCAUGUCACCUUCAGCCCUGCAAUGAGAAGAUUAAUGUAAAUACCAUAACAUCACCCAGGCUGGCCGCGCUGACGUUCAAGUGCCUGGGAGAUCAGUGGCCCGUGUACUGCCGAGUGAUACGCGAGAAGAACCUGUGUCAGGACAUGCGCUGGUAUCAGCGCUGCUGUGAGACAUGCAGGGACUUCUAUGCCCAAAAGCUGCAGCAAAAGAGUUGACCUCGAACAGGCUGGCUGGCUCACAGCUCUUUGCAAUUACAUUAUUUAUAAACACACACACUAGCAUGUUUUUCAGACCAAAUAUUAUCAGGUUACAUAUAAUUUAAUCAAAUUAAUUUAUUUUUAUGCCUGCCAAACAUCCAAUAUGGUGUUUGUUUUGGAUAUACAAACAUUUCGAUUUAUACUAUAUGGCUUCAUAAAUUUAUAUGAAUAAUUUUAUAUGGAUAAGUUAGAUCCAGUUUCCAGAAUCAAAAUAAAAAGGGGGGAAAAUAAAAAAAUAAAAAAAAAACAAGAUCAUUAGGCUCUUCAAAAAAAAAUUUUUUUUUUCAGUUAGGGCUAUCUCUAAGGUGCUAUUCUCUCCCUGCCAAUACCGCUGAGUUAUCCAGAAUGUAUACUAACUUAGUGUAAUAGUUUAGUUUUAUAUGGAGAGAAGUCAUUUUUGGGUUUUGGUGUCCUGAUGCAGAAUUAGCCCAUUUUCUGUAAACUACAGGAAAUGUGUAAACGUAACAAACCUCAUAGUGUUGAACAGGUUUUUAGAGAAUGUAUUAUGAAUUUGGUUCAGAUUUAGAGAUAUCCACAGGAAAAAUUCUACUGUAAUUAUAACCUUAUUUUAAUAAUGGAAAAGAAAAGUCAAGAUAGAGACUUUGAUCAUGUUCAUGAACAUGUACUUGAACACAAGUAUUGUAACAAUGAAACACUGUAAUAAUGAUUUACACUGAAUCACCAUUGCACUGUUGAUAUAGUGUAGAGAAACCAUUAUAGAAAUGGUAACAUCCUACAAAAAUAUGUAUUAUUUUAACAUGUUGUCAUUAGAUUUUAGCUUUUUGAAAUGUUUUGAACAAAGAAAGCAGUGAUCCACCCAUUUCCUUGUAUCUUUUUAGCAGAUUUAUUAAAGAGUAGAGAACUUAGCCUCACAAAUCGUAAGGAGAAAAUUUACCAAAUAUUUUUCAGCUUUUUCCCUAGAAACAAGAAAAAAAAAAAAACACUUAUAAUACUGUGGUAGUUUCAUUGUGUUUUUUUUCUUUUGAAAACUAAAAAAGUUUUGCACUUCUGUGAAACGUUAAAAAACCAGCUUAAAUGUUUUCUUGUGAGAAAAUGUUGUACAUGAUUCACAUGAUUUCUAGAUUUUUUUUUUCAAUAAAAUAUGUGAAGCUUCCUAUUGGGAGGCAUUCUUCA